AUCAACGGGAAUAAAAAUGAGAGGUUGCCGCAGCCAUGCAUGCACCUCUCACAAAUCUGCAGCAGACCAAAACUCCGAACAACCGCAAAACAACUAACUCGAGACAUUCUAGUACACUGCCACCAUGAAGAUCCCUCUUCGCAUAGAUCCCAUCAGGAUUUCUCUGCGAGAUCAAAGUAAAGGAUUAAAGAUUAACCACCAAACCUUUGUCUUUCAUCAUGAGGGAGAGAAUGCUCUAAAGUUUCAAGAUUGCUAUGAUCUAGGAGCCAAGCUUCGGACAUUUAGGGAUGUCUACAAAUGCACUCAUAAGGCAACCAAGACAGAACGCUCGGUCAAGAUACUAGGACGUGAAACCAUUGACAGGGAAACCUUUCUGGGAAAGCUUGCGAUCCUCAAGAAAAUGGACCAUCCCAACCUAGUUCAUGUGUUCGAAUCCUUCGAAGAUGGUAGCAACUAUUAUGUGGUCACUGAGAGCAUGGCCCAUGACAGUCUCUAUGAUGCUAUCUCAACGAAACGGGAAGCUGGUGUGGCUUUUGGGAAGCCACACGUGGCUCAGAUCUUGCUGACACUAUUGGAAUGCCUCAACUACUGUCAUUCACACAAUGUCAUCCAUGGGAAUAUCCAGCCCAAGAACAUUCUGGUUCCCACCGGAAUGGGCUUUGAUAAGCUACUUGUGGUCAACUUUUUUGAUUCUUCUGUCAGCCUUGAAAAGCGACGGUCAUCAGGGGCAAGGGCUGGAGACAGCAGUGAUGAUGACAGCACGGAUGGAACUUCUGCCGGUAUGGGACGCACCUCAAAACGAAAGACUCGUUUUGCCGCACCAGAAGCCGGUGCUGAUGGAGGCACACACACCAAGUCAGACAUUUGGUCCUGUGGAGUGAUUGGAUACCACCUGCUGACUGGGAAAUAUCCAUUUGAAAAGCCAUCGGAUAGCCGAAAGCCAAUUUCUCGGAAGGCAUGGAAAGGUAUGGACCCUGAGGCGCAGGAAUUCCUACGGGAGCUGCUGGCCUUUCGCCCAUCAGAUCGUCCACCUGCCUCAGAAGCAUAUGAUGCUGACUGGUUGGCUUUGGCCAAGUCAGUGGAAGCCAAGGUUGAUUCGGCCAUGCAGGAUGAAGUCAUGAAAUCUCUAAGCAAAUUCAGCAAGAAGGACAAGCUCCAGCAGGCAGUCAGUGCCUACAUUGCCACCCAUCUUUUGGCCAAGAUUGACAAGGAAAAAUGGGAUGAGAUCUAUAGGCACAGUGACCGGAACAGUGAUGGUGUCAUUUCUAAGAAGGAGCUACUGGACGGGUUUGCCAAGGCUGGGAUUCGUAUCCCACGCAAUGAGAUGGAUGAGCUCUUUGUGCGGUUGGAUAUGGAUGGCAAUGGUGUCAUUGACUACUCAGAGUUCUUGGCAAUGCAGGGUGACCUUGUUUGCCAACGUGACAAGUUGCGAGCAGCCUUUGAUGCCUUUGAUACGGAUGGAAAUGGGUACAUUGAAAAGGAAGACUUGCAAGUGAUUUUCCAAAGUCCUGGGGAAAAGGUUAUCUCCAAGUCAACAGCCAAAGCCAUGCUCAAGAGUGCAGACCAGGAUGGUGAUGGAAAGCUGUCAUUUGAAGAGUUUGUGGUUAUGAUGGGGAACCAUUGAUAAUUUAGCGAUGGCUUGUGAUACAUGUUGCGCGGCGAUGGCUACGCUGUAAAGGCCCUGUGUGUACAGAGAGGCAGGAUGACCCUCCAGAAAUUUGAAUGUUAUUUAUUUUUUGACCAUGGUUGUGACGGAUGGCCGUGAUUGGGCAAGCACGUGAUGCUGCCGUCGAGGCGAAAUGAGAAAAUCUUGUGCAUGCUAGAUGCCUUACCAAGUACCGGUGUGGCGAGCUAAAUGAUAAGACUUCCCUACUCUAAAGCUUACUUAUUCCU